AUGUCCGCCUUUGCGCCCGAAGACCCUGACUCUCACGAUUAUGCCUACACCGAAGCCGACCCCGCGACAUCCACCCCUCCGAUCCCCCAAGAACAAACAAUGGACACCGACACAGAAGCCUCGCACGGCCGAGGGCACUCAAACAAUCCUCUCUUGGGUGAUAAUCCCCUCGUGUCAGACUUGGAGCAGGAGGUGCUAGACGAAUAUGCUCGCUUGUUGCGGAAUGUGAAUCAGCUCUCAGACAAACUCUCCGACCUCGCUGGUUCCCCCGCUUCCAUGCCACUCGAUGGCCUCCGGCUCCUCGAGCGUAAGACUGCUACUGUUUGCACUUUGCUGAAGGCUAGUGUGUAUAGCAUUGUCCUUCAACAGCAGAUCUGGAAUGAAAAUGAAGAGCAGCAGCAACAACAGCAGAAUGAGGACCAGCACUUCCAGGACCAAGACUAUCAGUAUGGAGGCUACGACGGGGAGGGAGAGAUGACGUUACAAUAA